UCACAAUCACGGCUCUGUUCAAUGCAUUUCUCUCCAGAAAAUCGCCUGUUUCGAGCAGAAACUGGGAUUCAAGCAGGAGGAGCGAGUUAACUCAGUAUAUCGGACAAGGAGCCUCCGAGUUCAUGGCUGUGGAGAAUGGCUUGUCCUUUCGUUGCCCUUUCAUCAUUACAGAUACAGAUCUGUUGACAGGACAGGACCCAAACUCGUGAUCGGUAAUUGAUUUAGAAUGUUUUCUGGCGAGACACAGCCGUGGUAAUCAUCUUCCUCUUGCCCUCAGAGCAAAGCUCGUCGUGGAGUUAGAAAUUGGCCUGCUACUGCAAGAAAGUUACAGAGAACAGAUCCGUCCAACCGUGAGCUGUUUCUCUUAAACACUUGGAAUUCAAUCACUUCAUUCAUUCCCACGCCGAUCGAAUUGCACUCUCUCUACUCAUACAUACAUAUAUAUAUAUAUAUGUAUGAUAAUGAUAUAGAUCUUCAUUCAAAGAUAUCAGAAGCAUUUGAAUCGGGAGAACGCGGUAAUGUCGAUCCAAAGACCACAGCAAGAGUCGUGGGAUUGCAUGCUUCCCGGCGCGCCGUCGCGAAACAACGGCGGGGCCGCCGAUCUCAGCCCCUCGGCCCUCCUGGCUUACGCCGCCGGCAGCAGCGUCGCCGUAGUCGACACCCGCUCCAUGCAACUUGUUUCCGUCAUCCCGCUCCCCCCGCCGCCUCCAGCUUCCUCCUCCUCCUCCUCCUCCUCCGCCGCUGCCUGCCUCUCCCCCUUCGUCACCGCUGUGAAGUGGUCCCCGAACCCGCUCCCAAACAUCCUCACUCACGACCACGACCCUUCCUCCGCCUCCUCGCACCUCCUCCUCGCCGCCGGCGAUCGCCAUGGCCGCAUCGCCCUCAUCGAUCUCCGCCUUAAAAGCCCCCUAUUCCUCCAUUCCGACUCCAAUCUGUCCAAGUCCGGCAUCCAAGACCUCUGCUGGAUCCCCACCCGGUCCGACCCGGUGCUGGCCGCUGUCUCUGGACCGUCGCUCUUUUCUCUCUACAACACCACUACUAGCCGCUGCUUCUUCAAGUACGAGGCCUCGCCGGAGUACCUCUCCUGUAUCCGCCGCGACCCGUUCGAUUCUAGACACUUAUGUGCCCUAGGCCUCAGAGGCUUCCUCCUCUCCGUCAUGGUCCUCGGCGACACGGAAAAUGACGUUGUCAUUAAGGAGCUUCGGAUUCGCACCGACAGCACUGAAUUGCAGAGGCUGGAGAGGGACUCGUCGUCCAAUUCCUCAUCUUCGUCACCGGCAUUGGCGGCAUUUCCCACUUAUAUAGCUCGGUUUUCUUUUUCUUCGAUCUGGAGGCACAUUCUCUUCGUGACUUUCCCAAGGGAAUUGGUUGUGUUUGAUUUGCAGUACGAGACGGCAUUGUUCACUGCUGGGCUGCCCCGGGGGUGCAGCAAGUUUUUUGAUGUGUUGCCAGAUCCAAAUCUUGAAUUGUUGUAUUGUCCGCAUCUUGAUGGGAGGCUUAGUACCUGGCGGCGAAAAGAAGGAGAACAAGUGCACACAAUGUGUAUGAUGGAAGAAUUGAUGCCCUCAGUUGGCACAUCUGUCCCUUCUCCCUCUGUUCUUGCAGUCAUCAUCUCGCAAUCAGAUUCCACUCUCCAAAAUGUUCGCAAGAUUUACUCUGAUAUGUCUUAUGCUUCUUCCCCUGAUGAGGACUUUGAUACGCCUCUUGAUUUUUGUGAUGAAUCUCUUGUUGUUUCUAAGAUACAUUUGAUUUCCAUAUCUGAUGAUGGGAAAAUUUGGAACUGGCUCCUGACUGCUGAAGGACCUGGAGAUGCACAGAAGGAUGCAAGAAACUCCAGUGCUGUUGAUGAAGGUAGAGAAGUGCCUAUUCUGGAGACAAGUUCUGGCAAUGUUGUGUCUUCUGCUGAUGUACGUGCAUCAAAUGCAGUUCCCCAAGUAGACAUUGUGAAUGACAUUUGUUGUUGUCGGCAAAGAUCAAAUAUCAGCCUGAAAGAGAUGUCAUUUAAGAUCAGCUUGGUGGGACAGCUUCAUCUUCUUUCAUCAACAGUGACUAUGCUGGCUGUACCAUCCCCUUCACUAACAGCUACUUUGGCCCGUGGGGGAAACCAUCCUGCUGUUGCUGUUCCAUUAGUUGCUUUGGGAACUCAAAAUGGUACUAUUGAUGUUAUUGAUGUCUCUGCUAAUGCUGUUGCUGCAAGUUUCUCUGUUCAUAAUAGUACUGUUCGGGGUUUACGGUGGCUUGGAAAUUCUAGACUGGUGUCAUUCUCCUAUACCCAGGGGAAUGAAAAAACAGGGGGCUAUAUCAAUAGGCUUGUUGUUACUUGUGUUAGAAGUGGCCUAAAUCGACCAUUUCGGGUUUUACAAAAGCCAGAGCGUGCACCCAUAAGAGCUUUAAGAGCUUCGUCAUCUGGAAGGUAUCUUUUGAUUUUAUUUCGUGAUGCACCUGUGGAGGUAUGGGCAAUGACAAAGACUCCAAUAAUGCUUAGAUCAUUAGCUCUCCCAUUCACUGUAUUAGAAUGGACUCUGCCAACAGUUCCACGUCCAGCUCAAAAGGGACCUUCUAGGCAGUGGUCAUUAUCAUCCAAAGACAAUACUACAACUACAGCAACAGCUGGGAUAUCUUCCCCACCAGAAACACCUCCAACAAACUCUAAAGACAUGAGCUCAGAUGGAUCUCAGGAUGACUUCUCUGAGAGUUUUGCAUUUGCUCUGGUAAAUGGUGCAUUAGGAGUAUUUGAGGUUCAUGGACGAAGGAUUCGAGACUUUAGACCAAAAUGGCCCUCUAGUUCAUUUGUUUCAACUGAUGGAUUGAUUACUGCCAUGGCUUACCGCUUGCCUCAUGUAGUUAUGGGGGACAGAUCAGGAAACAUACGUUGGUGGGAUGUGACAAGUGGGCAAUCUUCCUCGUUUAAUACUCACAGAGAAGGAAUCCGAAGAAUCAAGUUUUCACCUGUUGUUCUUGGAGAUCGUAGCCGUGGGCGAAUAGCUGUGUUAUUUUAUGACAACACGUUUGCUGUAUUUGAUCUGGAUUCACAGGACCCCUUGGCCAAUUCCCUUCUACAACCUCAAUUUCCAGGAACUCUUGUACUGGAACUUGAUUGGUUGCCUUUACGUACUGAUAAGAAUGAUCCACUGGUAUUGUGCGUUGCUGGUGCUGACAGUAGCUUUCGCCUUGUUGAGGUUAAUGUAAAUGACAAAAGAGUUGGGUAUCAACUUAGAUCUGUGAAAGAAAGAUUCCGACCAAUGCCUUUGUGUUGUCCAAUAUUACUUCCUACACCACAUGCUUUGGCAGUGCGCAUGAUCUUGCAACUGGGAGUGAAGCCUGCAUGGUUCAAUACGUGCAGUGCAACCAUAGAUAAGAGUCACGAAAUUGCUUCAUCUUCUGGAGAUCUUCGCAGUUACAUGAUCAAUUCACCUCCUGUAGGUGACUCUGUAGUGCCAGAGUUGCUCCUUAAGGUACUGGAACCUUAUCGAAAAGAAGGCUGCAUACUUGAUGAUGAGAGGGCAAGACUCUAUGAUUCUAUAGUAAACAAAAGCUGUGCUGCAAGAUUUGCUUUUGCUGCUGCCAUUUUUGGUGAAUCCAUGGAAGCAUUAUUCUGGUUACAGCUACCUCAUGCCCUUAACCAUUUUAUAAAUAAGUUGGUUAAUAAGUCUCCACAAAAAGCUCCCGUACCAGAAUCAUCUCCUGAGCUUGACGACACAUCUAUGCUGAGCAGGAUAACAUCAAAGGGUAAAUCAGCAUCUGGAACGGGCAAAACAGAUAUUCUGAAUGGUCAACUUAGGAUGAUGGCUUUUGAACAACAAGAAUUGUGGGGAACUGCAAAUGAGCGUAUUCCUUGGCAUGAGAAAUUGGACGAGGAAGAAGCUAUUCAGAACCGCGUACAUGAGCUUGUGUCAGUUGGGAACUUGGAAGCUGCUGUUAGUUUACUGCUCUCAACCCAUCCAGAGAGCACAUAUUUUUAUGCAAAUGCUCUUCGUGCGGUGGCUCUUUCAUCUGCUGUGUCAAGGUCACUACUGGAAUUGGCAGUUAAGGUUGUUGCAGCGAAUAUGGUCAGGACAGAUAGGUCAUUGUCAGGCACACAUCUUCUCUGCGCUGUUGGGAGGUAUCAAGAAGCUUGUUCUCAGUUGCAAGAUGCUGGGUGCUGGACAGAUGCUGCAACCUUAGCUGCAACACAUUUGAAGGGAUCUGACUAUGCAAGGGUGUUGCAGAGGUGGGCUGAUCAUGUUCUUCAUACUGAAAAUAUCUGGAGGGCUUUGAUUUUGUACGUCGCAGCCGGGGCACUGCAAGAGGCCCUUGCUGCACUUCGUGAGGCACAGCAACCAGACACAGCUGCCAUGUUCAUUCUUGCUUGUCGUGAAACCUGUACUGAUAUCAUCUCCAGCUUAGACUUGGAUGAUGAAUCAAGAUCAUCAAUCAAGGAUAAAGCAUUACUGUCGCCUGGCUUAAACCCGGAAAAUGAAGAUGUUAUUGCUGUUGGUGAAUAUUUUGGACAGUACCAAAGAAAACUAGUGCAUCUUUGCAUGGACUCGCAACCAUUUUCCGACUGAAGAACUCAGGCCAAGGCUAUAUGAUAAUUAGUUCAUAUCAUACCACUAAACCUGGAGAAUUCACUGUUGGAGCAACACCUCAUCCAUUUUUUUUUUACCCAUUGACUCGGGUAAUUUAGAUGAGAAUAUUAUUAGAGCCUUCUACUUCCAAAGCUAUGAAGAAUUCACUAUUCGAGCAUCAAUUCGUUGCCUGUCAAAAGUGUCAUUAUCGAAGUCUCAGUUGCUGCACUGAACUACUACAAAAAAUUACUCUUGAAAAGGCUGGAGCUAUUUUCCAAGAUGAUGGAUUAGUCAAAUAUGGAAAAUCGGAAUGCCGCAUAACUUCAGCAAAUGGCAUGUUGUAGAAAUUUGAGAAGGAUGAUAGUACAAACUCAUAAAGAUGGCAUUUCAUUGUAAUUUGAAGUACGUAGUAUAUUAUUUGUAGACAUUUAUUGGAAUAAUUGUUCAUAUGUAAGACAAUAUGUAGUAUAUACCGUUAGUGAUACUUGUGAAAUGUAUGACCAUUGUUGUA